AUGUGGAAGAUAUUUUUAAGAUGCAUCAAAGAUUUGCUUAAAAUGGCUGCUCAAUUAGAACUUCCAAUUUUGGCAUUUGGUGCUGAUAAUAUUAAAUUUAGUUGUCCAAUUAUUGAAAAUGUCAGUUCUGUAAUAAGUAUGUCUGAUCUGCUUCAUGCUAAAAAGGAUGCACAAAAUGCAUUAUUUUCUGCACAUUAUGAUCAUAUAUUAGAAUUGAGUCAAAGUCCUAAUAGCAUAUUAUAUAAACAAGAUGUUGAAAAUGUUGACCAUCAAGAUGAUAGUGCUGCAUAUCGGCUAUUUUGUUCAUUAUUACUUAAACAAGUUUCUGAUCAAAAUUUUUCUGUUAAUAAAAAUAAACUGGGUCUUUUUAUUUAUCUUUAUGUAUUUGGUGAACUUAUAGAUGCAUUUCAAAAUCGAGAAAUAAAACCAUUAGAUCGAUGUUAUAUGGUUAUGCUUGCUGCAACUGAAAUUAAUAAGGACAAUUGGGAGUUAUCUAAUGGUUCUUAUUUAGAUUAUGAAGAAGGACAAUCAAAUUUUUCAUUUAUUUUACAACCAGUAUUAAAUUCAUCAGCACUAAUUAUAUUUGAUAUUUUGGAUAAUGAAUCAUUUAUUAAAAUAAAUGAUAUUAAUUGUGAGAAAGUAACUGUGAUAGCAUUAAUAAAAUUGUGA